UAAAGCACCCACUAUGGAUGCACAGCAGGACAGACCCAAGUCCCAAGACUGCCUGGGCCUAGUGGCCCCCCUAGCAUCUGCUGCAGAAGUCCCCUCUACAGCUCCCGUGUCUGCGAAGAAGCACAGACCACCAGGACCCCUGUUCUCCUCCUCAGAUCCCCUUCCUGCCACCUCUUCCCACUCCCGGGACUCAACCCAGGUCACCUCGCUGAUUCCUGCCCCCUUCACAGCUGCAAGCUUCGAUGCCGGCAUGAGAAGAACAAGGCCUGGUACGUUGGCUCCCGCAGCUGCCGCAGCAGCCCUUCCCUCCUCCACAUUGAUCGCCGGGGUGGCGUCACUACUCAAUGUAGUGGAUGGAGGCCCCUCAUAUUUCCGGGCCUCAGCCACAGCUGCAGCAGGUGCCCAGAGUUCAGAAGUGAGAUAUAACCAGAGAUCCCAGACCUCCCGGACCAGAUCGUGUCCCAAACGAAAUGCCAGCUCGAGUUCCUACAGCUCUACGGAAGGCCUCCCGGAACUAAAGUGGAGGAGGGGGCCAGCCUCAUCCCACUGCCAGCUGGCCCUCAGUUCCUCAAACACAGUGAGUGAGGACGGACCUCAGGCUGUCUCUUCGGGUCACAGCCAUUGUGAAAAAAAGGCAGAUACAGCACCAGGGCAGACACUCGUCCCCAGGGGUGGCUCCCCCAGAUCUCAGGCCUCUAGGCCCCGCAUCAACAGUGCACUGCAGGUUGAGGACAAGGCCAUCUCGGACUGCAGACCCUCAUGGCCUUCCCACACUUUGUCGUCACUUGCAACAGGGGCUUUUGGUGGGCCUGCUGUUUCUAAAGCACCCACUAUGGAUGCACAGCAGGACAGACUCAAGUCCCAAGACUGCCUGGGCCUAGUGGCCCCACUAGCAUCUGCUGCAGAAGUCCCCUCUACAGCUCCCGUGUCUGCGAAGAAGCACAGACCACCAGGACCCCUGUUCUCCUCCUCAGAUCCCCUUCCUGCCACAUUUUCCCACUCCCGGGACUCAGCCCAGGUCACCUCGCUGAUUCCUUCCCCCUUCACAGCUGCAAGCAUGGAUGCCGGCAUGAGAAGAAUAAGGCCUGGUACGUUGGCUCCCGCAGCUGCCGCAGCAGCCCUUCCCUCCUCCACAUUGAUUGCCAGGGUGGUGUCACUACUCAAUGUAGUGGAUGGAGGACCCUCAUAUUUCCGGGCCUCAGCCACAGCUGCAGCAGGUGCCCAGAGUUCAGAAGUGAGAUAUAACCAGAGAUCCCAGACCUCCCGGACCAGAUCGUGUCCCAAACGAAAUGCCAGCUCGAGCUCCUACAGCUCUACGGAAGGCCUCCCGGAACUAAAGUGGAGGAGGGGGCCAGCCUCAUCCCACUGCCAGCUGGCCCUCAGUUCCUCAAACACAGUGAGUGAGGACGGACCUCAGGCUGUCUCUUCGGGUCACAGCCAUUGUGAAAAAAAGGCAGAUACAGCACCAGGGCAGACACUCGCCCCUAGGGGUGGCUCCCCCAGAUCUCAGGCCUCUAGGCCCCGAAUCAACAGUGCACUGCAGGUUGAGGACAAGGCCAUCUCGGACUGCAGACCCUCACGGCCUUCCCACACUUUGUCGUCACUUGCAACAGGGGCUUCUGGUGGGCCUGCUGUUUCUAAAGCACACACUAUGGAUGCACAGCAGGACAGACCCAAGUCCCAAGACUGCCUGGGCCUAGUGGACCCCCUAGCAUCUGCUGCAGAAGUCCCCUCUACAGCUCCCGUGUCUGCGAAGAAGCACAGACCACCAGGACCCCUGUUCUCCUCGUCAGAUCCCCUUCCUGCCACAUCUUCCCACUCCCGGGACUCAGCCCAGGUCACCUCGCUGAUUCCUGCCCCCUUCACAGCUGCAAGCAUCGAUGCCGGCAUGAGAAGAACAAGGCCUGGUACGUUGGCUCCCGCAGCUGCCGCAGCAGCCCUUCCCUCCUCCACAUUGAUCGCCAGGGUGGCGUCACUACUCAAUGUAGUGGAUGGAGGCCCCUCAUAUUUCCGGGCCUCAGCCACAGCUGCAGCAGGUGCCCAGAGUUCAGAAGUGAGAUAUAACCAGAGAUCCCAGACCUCCCGGACAAGAUCGUCCAAACGAAAUGCCAGCUCGAGCUCCUACAGCUCUACGGAAGUCCUCCCGGAACUAAAGUGGAGGAGGGGGCCAGCCUCAUCCCACUGCCAGCUGGCCCUCAGUUCCUCAAACACAGUGAGUGAGGACGGACCUCAGGCUGUCUCUUCGGGUCACAGCCAUUGUGAAAAAAAGGCAGAUACAGGACCAGGGCAAACACUCGCCCCCAAGGGUGGCUCCCCCAGAUCUCAGGCCUCUAGGCCCCGCAACAACAGUGCACUGCAGGUUGAGGACAAGGCCAUCACCGACUGCAGACCCUCACGGCCUUCCCACACUUUGUCGUCACUUGCAACAGGGGCUUCUGGUGGGCCUCCUGUUUCUAAAGCACCCACUAUGGAUGCACAGCAGGACAGACCCAAGUCCCAAGACUGCCUGGGCCUCGUGGACCCCAUAGCAUCUGCUGCAGAAGUCCCCUCUACAGCUCCCGUGUCUGCGAAGAAGCACAGACGACCAGGACCCCUGUUCUCCUCCUCGGAUCCCCUUCCUGCCAACUCUUCCCACUCCUGGGACUCAACCCAGGUCACCUCGCUGAUUCCUGCCCCCUUCACAGCUGCAAGCUUCGAUGCCGGCAUGAGAAGAACAAGGCCUGGUACGUUGGCUCCCGCAGCUGCCGCAGCAGCCCUUCCCUCCUCCACAUUGAUCGCCAGGGUGGCGUCACUACUCAAUGUAGUGGAUGGAGGCCCCUCAUAUUUCCGGGCCUCAGCCCCAGCUGCAGCAGGUGCCCAGCGUUCAGAAGUGACAUAUAACCAGAGAUCCCAGACCUCCCGGACCAGAUCGUGUCCCAAAUGAAAUGCCAGCUCGAGCUCCUACAGCUCUACGGAAGGCCUCCCGGAACUAAAGUGGAGGAGGGGGCCAGCCUCAUCCCACUGCCAGCUGGCCCUCAGUUCCUCAAACACAGUGAGUGAGGAUGGACCUCAGGCUGUCUCUUCGGGUCACAGCCAUUGUGAAAAAAAGGCAGAUACAGCACCAGGGCAGACACUCGCCCCCAGGGGUGGCUCCCCCAGAUCUCAGGCCUCUAGGCCCCGCAUCAACAGUGCACUGCAGGUUGAGGACAAGGCCAUCUCGGACUGCAGACCCUCACGGCCUUCCCACACUUUGUCGUCACUUGCAACAGGGGCUUCUGGUGGGCCUGCUGUUUUUAAAGCACCCACUAUGGAUGCACAGCAGGACACACCCAAGUCCCAAGACUGCCUGGGCCUCGUGGACACCCUAGCAUCUGCUGCAGAAGUCCCCUCUACAGCUCCCGUGUCUGCGAAGAAGCACAGACCACCAGGACCCCUGUUCUCCUCCUCAGAUCCCCUUCCUGCCAACUCUUACCACUCCCGGGACUCAGCCAUCACCUCGCUGAUUCCUGCCCCCUUCACAGCUGCAAGCAUGGAUGCCGGCAUGAGAAGAAUGUUUUGUGUUCGAAAUUGUUUGAGGGGUUUGGGUUUAGUUUUGUUGGUUUUUUUUUUUUUUUUUGCUUACGUGGGCAUCCUUCAGCUUUUAAUAAUCUGAAAAAUUCUGUUUACCCAUUGUCAAUGUGUAUAAAUUAAUCUGAGUCGAUUUUAUAGAAUAAAAGGUCAACUUUUGCGCAUGAAACAAUUAUUUAACAAAAUAUGUACCGGAAGAAGAAUGUUCAUUACAAAUAUAGGAAACAUAAAUAUUACCAAAUAUUGGCAAACACUAAAAUGUUCAAAAAUAUAAGUCUAUUACAGUUAUAGCUCUCUCAAGCAAAAAAAUAGCAGAGAAAAACUUA